UGGUGGGUGGGCUUGUUGAAUAGGCCCAACCCUAGUAGCCCAUGAUAGCACAAAACCCACAUUGGCGCGGAAAAUUGAAAUGUCUGCUUCUACUGAGUAGUGAGCUUGGCAGAGGAAAAUUGGUCGCGAAUCAGGACGAUUUCUCUUCAACUAUAGGUUGAAAUGUUGUGGGUUGACAAGUACCGCCCUAAAACAUUAGAUAAAGUUAUUGUACACCAGGAUGUUGCUCAAAAUCUUCGUAAACUGGUCUCAGAGGGAGAUUGUCCUCAUCUCCUCUUUUACGGCCCUCCCGGUUCAGGAAAGAAAACUCUCAUUAUGGCACUUCUUAGACAGAUUUUUGGUCCAAGUGCUGACAAGGUUAAGGUUGAGAACAAGAUUUGGAAAGUUGAUGCUGGUACUCGGACAAUUGAUGUGGAGCUCACAACAUUGUCAAGCACUCACCAUGUGGAAUUAAAUCCAAGUGAUGCCGGAUUUCAGGACAGAUACGUUGUUCAAGAGAUAAUCAAAGAAAUGGCCAAGAACAGACCAAUUGACACGAAAGGGAAAAAGGGGUUUAAAGUUCUAGUGCUAAAUGAAGUUGACAAGCUCUCAAGAGAAGCACAACAUUCUCUUCGAAGAACAAUGGAGAAGUACAGUGCAUCAUGUCGCCUGAUUCUUUGCUCCAACAGUUCUUCAAAGGUCACUGAAGCAGUUCGCUCACGAUGCCUUAAUGUGCGAAUAAAUGCACCAAUGGAAGAAGAGAUUGUUAGUGUUUUGGAAUUUAUUGCCAAAAAGGAAGGACUUCAAUUUCCACAGGGUUUUGCAGCCCGCAUUGUGGAAAAGUCAAAUAGGAAUCUGAGAAGGGCAGUUUUAACAUUUGAGUCUUGCCGUGUUCAACAGUAUCCCUUUACAAACAACCAAACUGUACCUCCAAUGGACUGGGAGCAAUAUGUUUCAGAAAUUGCAUCAGACAUAAUGAAAGAGCAGAGCCCUAAAAGGUUAUUUGAGGUAAGAGGAAAGUUAUAUGAGCUUCUAACUAAUUGUAUUCCCCCUGAAAUUAUUUUGAAGAGGCUACUUUUUGAACUAUUAAAGAAACUGGAUUCAGAGUUGAAGCAUGAGGUGACCAACUGGGCUGCUCAUUAUGAGCAUAGGAUGCGUCUUGGACAGAAGGCUAUAUUUCAUCUCGAAGCAUUUGUGGCCAAAUUCAUGAGCAUCUACAAGAGUUUCCUUAUUUCAACAUUUGGCUAAGAUAGAAGAUCUGAAGUAGUUGAAACUGUUUGGCAGUAGGAAAAAGUUUUCUUUGUCCAUUGUGCUAAUGUCCUGUCGUGUUUUAAUUUAAUUCGGGCUGUACAAUACAUUACUGUACCAGAAUCAUAUUCCAAUUUGAUCUCUAUCGGAAGGGAUUUCUACUGCUAGUAUCUUUGCGAUUGCCAUGUCGCGGUGGGUACAAGGUAAUGGUACAUGUUGCAGUUAUUUUUUCCCCCAUCUCCCUAGCCCCUUUGAUGGGGAAAGUGAAUGAACUACAAAGAGUAGGUGUAUGAAAUUGUGGGUCUUAGUUUUGGUGGUAAAUAAUUCAAUUUGCAGCUUA